ACGCGCAACAAGCUGGGAAGAGAGAGAGAGAAGGACGGAUGCAAGGCGAGGCUAGGAGCGGGAAACCUUAUCUCUGGUUUUCUUGCACUUGUCGUUCCGCUGUUUUUUUGUUGUUGUUUUUUUACCUCAGCACAAUUUUAUAAAACGAUUUCUUUAUUUUUAUUGUCUGGGUUGUUUUUUCUAUCCAGAUAUAUCCGCAUUUGAUUCCGGUCCUGAUGUUCCGCCGCUGCUGCUGCUGCGCCUUAUCACGAUUCUUCAAGGAUAUGCACAGCGGCUGCUCUCGCGUCGACGUUAUUCUACAUGCAACACAAGGAUGUUAUUGAACAACAUCGGAGGACUGUGAUCUACAUUGAUAAGUGGUCGAGCUAUUGAAGAGGAGGAUACAGCAGCAGCAUCAUCAUCGUCAUCAUCAGCAGCAGCAGCCUGGGUCUGUCUGUCUGUCUGCGCGCUACAAUUUGCGUCUGAUUCUUGUUUUCGCGUGUGAUCGUGUACGUGUUUUUCCUCCCUCCAUCCAUCGGAGCUGUGAGGCCGAUAUGCGCCCGCAUCCUCUCUGGGCACGAAACCCGUGGGAAUUAUGAUACCAACGUGACGCACACACUCACUCUCUCUCUCUCUCACACACACACACACACACACACAGCGGGGAAAGACGACGCGCCUCGAUAGGACGGAGGGAGGGAGGAGGAGGGAGGGUGUGAGGUCCAGCAGAGACAGUGCACGGAUCACAGGAGGAGGACGCCCAGUUGUUGUUGGACACAUCGCUAUAAUGACUUAUAUGGUCCAGCAGGUAUAACCCGACCACCACCACCACAUCCCUGCCGAAUAUUGACAUUUUCUGUAUGCGUCGGGCAGAGUGGAGGAGGCUGCAAACGAGGAGCGCAAAGUGAGCGAGGGCGCGGAGAGACGGAAUGCGGGAGACGCAGUGAGUGAGGAGGAGGUGGAGGAGGAGGAGGAGGAGGGAAAUCGGAGGAUCGACGGCUCUACUUACGCGGCUGGUGGUGUGACGUGCUAAAUCUUCCUGUCCAGCAUGGCUGUGUCACUCUGGUUCCUGGGGGUGUGUGCACUCACGAUAGCUCACGUUGCCCCCUCCAGCCAAGCUAUGUCUCGAGCUGCCAUGCCUUUUGGGCUGCUGCGCAGGGAACUGGCAUGUGAGGGUUACCCCAUAGAGCUACGCUGUCCUGGAAGCGACGUGGUGAUGGUGGAAACGGCCAAUUAUGGACGCACCGACGACAAGAUCUGUGAUGCGGACCCCUUCCAGAUGGAGAACACGCAGUGUUACCUCCCCGACGCGUUGAAGAUCAUGGCCCAGAGGUGUAACAACAGGACACAAUGUGUGGUGGUCGCUGGAGUCGAUGUGUUUCCAGACCCUUGUCCUGGAACAUACAAGUACCUGGAGAUCCAAUAUGAAUGUGUCCCUUACAAAGUGGACCAAAAAGUCUUCGUAUGUCCCGGCUCACUGCUCAGUAUCCAGCCGGCCUCCUCGCUCCUGGAGGCAGAGCAUCAGUCAGGAGCAUGGUGUAAGGACCCACUCCAGGCUGGUGACAGGCUAUAUGUCAUGCCAUGGACACCGUAUCGGACCGAGGUGCUGUACGAGUACGCCUCGUGGGAGGACUACCGCCAAAAUAGAAUCACCACCACUUACAAGUUGCCCAGCCGUGUGGACGGUACAGGCUUUGUGGUGUAUGACGGUGCAGUCUUUUACAACAAGGAGCGAACGCGCAAUCUGGUCAAAUAUGACCUGCGGACACGCAUCAAGAGCGGGGAGGCAGUGGUGGUUAAUGCCAACUACCACGACACCUCACCGUACCGCUGGGGAGGGAAGUCGGACAUCGAUCUGGCUGUGGACGAGAACGGCCUUUGGGUGAUCUACUCCACUGAAGCCAAUAACGGACGCAUUGUGGUCAGCCAGGUGAACCCGUACACCCUGCGGUUUGAGGGCACAUGGGCCACUGGCUUUGAUAAACGGGGGGCGAGCAAUGCCUUCAUGGCGUGCGGCGUGCUCUACGCCGUCCGCUCGGUUUUCCAGGACGAUGAGGGACAGGCAGACGGUCGGGCUGGCAGCGACAUGGUGGUCUACGCCUACGACACCAGCCGUGGACAGGAACUGCCUGUUCAGAUACCAUUCCCCAACCCUUACCAGUACAUCUCCUCCAUAGACUACAACCCCAGAGACAACCAGCUGUAUGUGUGGAACAACUACUACGUGCUGAGAUACCCGCUACAGUUCACUCCACCACCGCCCACUAAAGGUCCACUCUCGUCGUUGAUGACGACUGUACGCUCCUACACAGCGACCGUUGCUCUGACCCCAGUGCGGCCGUCAGCCUCUCACCCAAUAGGCGUCAUCAAUCGGGGGCCCUUUGACCAGCGGCCUAUCACAGCCAUGGUUCCUCUCACACCACGCCCCCCACUGCGUGUACCCUUGGCUCCUGGGAGCCCCGGUCAGGUGGGCGGAUGUGAGGGUCGGGUGACACGAGGGGUGCAAUGGCCCCCCACCCUGAAGGGAGAGACAGUAGAGAGACCGUGCCCUAAAGGGUCACUGGGUAUCGCCUCCUAUCAGUGUGUGUCGUCUCCAGUGGGUUGGAGCUCUAGAGGGCCUGACCUUUCCAACUGCACCUCUCCGUGGGUCAGCCAAAUCGCACAGAAGAUCAAGAGUGGAGAGAACGCAGCCAACAUCGCCGGGGAAUUGGUGAACCUGACCCGGGGGCGGAUCUAUGCCGGUGAUGUCAGCAUGUCUGUCAAGCUAAUUGAACAGCUAUUGGAUAUCCUGGACUCCCAGCUCCAGGCCUUGAGACCGGCCAAUAAAGAAUCUGCAGCACGCAAUUACAACAAGCUGCAGAAGAGGGAACGCACAUGCAGAGCUUAUGUUCAGGCUGUCGUUCAGACAGUAGAUAACCUGUUGGGCCCUGAGGCUCUGGUGUCCUGGGCUGAUAUGAGCAGCACUGACCAGUCACGCUCAGCGUCGCUGCUGAUAGACGCGGUAGAAAAAGGAGCCUUUCUAUUGGCUAACAACCUGUACGAGGGCCGCUUCAGUGACAGGGCACCAAAUAUCGAUCUGGAGGUCUAUGUGCUAAACACGGAGGCGGACAUACAGGACCUGACGUUCCCACACUCCUAUGACAGCGACAGCAUCUUGCAGAUAUCUGCAGUGGCUCUGCAACAGUACAGCAACAAUGGCCAGGUAAAGCUGGUCCUUUCUCUCUAUAAGAACUUGGGCUCCUUCUUGACAACCCAGAAUUCAACUCUACGACUUGGGCUGGGGCUUGGCCAGGGCUCAGAGGUCAGACGUAAGAGCCUGGUGGUCAACUCCCAUGUGAUCUCUGCCUCUGUGCACAGAGGAUCCAACAGAGUGUACCUCUCCGAGCCAGUCAUCUUUACUCUCCGGCACCUGCAGCUGGAGAACCACUUUGGCCCCAACUGCUCCUUCUGGAAUGCUUCGGGGGUCUCUGGGAGCGGCAGGUGGUCAACACAGGGCUGCCGCCUGUUACACACCAACAACACACACACUACCUGUGCCUGCAACCACCUGUCCAGCUACGCUGUCCUCAUGACAUAUCAGCAACCUGCUUUUGGGGCUGGUGUAGAAGAGCUCUUGGUCUAUGUGAUUUCUUGGGUCGGCAUCUCUGUAGCUCUGGUGUGUUUAGCCACCUGCCUCACAACCCUGUGCUGCCAGGGGGCAGCCUGGCACACGGACCACAGCACCAUCCACUGCAACUUGUGGGCCAACCUGCUCAUCACUGAGCUGCUCUUCCUUGCCGGGGCCAACAAGACACAAUACACAGUUGUGUGCUCUAUUUUUGCUGGUUUGCUGCACUUCUCGCUACUCUCAGUGUUUUGCUGGUUGUGUCUGGAGGGGGUGGAGCUGUAUCUGCUACAGCGGGAGGUGUUUGAAGGUCGUAACUCCAGGAGGAAGUAUUUCUACCUGUGUGGCUACUCUAUUCCCGGCCUGGUGGUGGCUGUGUCUGCAGCCAUAGAUUUCAGAGGCUACGGCUCGAAGACGGCAUGUUGGCUACGAACAGACAACUACUUCAUCUGGAGUUUCCUCGGACCUGUUGCUGUCAUUAUAAUGUUGAAUCUUAUUGUCUUGGUGAUGACCUUACACAAGAUGCACAGCACCGCUGCUUUGAAGCCAGACUCCAGUCGCCAUGACAACCUUAGGGCUUGGGCAGUGGGCUCCCUGACACUGCUGUUCCUGCAGAGUGUCACCUGGUCGUCAGGCCUGAUGUUCCUGGCUGCUCCAUCUCUCCUCCUGGCGUAUCUCUUCUCCUCCCUCAACACAGCACAGGGCCUGCUCAUCACCAUACUACACUGCAGCCUCGCCAGGAAGGGUCAGAAGGACUACGGCCGAUGCCUCCGUUUCUCGCAGUGCUGUGCAACUUCCUCCUCCAGCUCUCCGGACUCGGUAAAGGGUUCUGCCCUGCGGUCCAACAGCCGCUACACCAGCAGCCAGAGUCGGAGAGCCACUGCUAACAGACAGAGUCGCAUCAGGAGGAUGUGGAACGACACAGUUCGCAGGCAGACCGAAUCGUCUUUUAUCGCCGCAGACGUGAACAAUACUCCCACUCUUAACCGAGCCGCUCUGGGAAAUCAUUUCCUUACUAAUCCAGUGUUGCAGACUCAUGCUGGAGCCUCUCCUUAUGACACGAUGCUGGCCCAGGGUUACAAUCAACCCUUCACCUCCACAGCAGUAGGAACCUUCAGAAACAAGCCGAAGGGAAGUGUGUCACAGAGCCAGGAGUCCUGUGGGUUGGACAGUGUGUGUCUCAAUGGAGGCUACACCCCCAACACCUUCACUCUGCAUGGUCUUGGGACAACGCCUGGGUCCCGAGCUGGAGUUGUUGGCAGCACUGACCUUCUGAGGGAAGGAGGCGUCGGGAUAGGAGGGGAUGACAUCUCUCCAGGCCUCCUCACCCCCCAUGGAGCUUCAGAUCUGGGCAGUAGCACCGGAAUGCGCCGAAACUUGUCUGACGCGGCGGCCCUCGAGAAGAUGAUCAUCUCUGAGCUGGUGCAAAGCAACCUUAGGCCCUCGGUGCCAAUGCCUGUUCCUCCCGAGCGCUACGGAAGCCUGGCGAGGCCUCAUCACCACGACAGGGCAGCUGUCACUCACGCCGCCACGCUCACUCGACACACGCAGCCGCCCCAAGAGGGCUGGGCUGCCACCAUGCAGCCGAGCACAUGUCACAACGCACAAGAGGGCUGGGCACACGCGAGGCAACACACACAAGAGGCUGAGACGCACUCCACCGCACGCGGACAGGAUCAUGCCACAGCGCCACGCUUACAAGAUGGCUGGUCACAGGCACGCCCUUGCGGAGAGUCGGAGUCCCGCGAGCUGCUUAAGGACGGGGACAAAUUGCAGCUGCAAGGCACUCUGGGUCGCCGCGGUCUCCAGGACAGGCAGCAAACGCGUCCCCCAGAUGUUCAGGCCCGGCCCUACUCCACCCUCAGCCGCACACCUGGCACUUUGUCCCGUCACCGCAGCACAGUGGAGACAAGUGGAGGGAUGGACAGAGAGAGAGAAAGGGAGAGAGACUGGGAUCGAUACCGAGACAGGCCACUUCCCCCUCCUCCUCCCCCUCCACCCCAGGAGUCCGAGCCCUUGUACAAGGCUCUGGAAGAGCCGCUGUUGUUGAAACAGAGGGAGGCAAGUAUAGAGACAUGGAGAGGCGUUCAGGACAGAGAGAAGGAAGAGACUUUUCAUGUAAAAAGGGACGGCAUGAUGGACGACUGGAGGGGAGGGGUUGAGAGAGGGCGGGACGAGCCUUUUACUUCUCAGAAGAGAGAUAGGGAGAUGGACAAUUGGAGGGGUGGCAUAGAAAGAGGGAGGGAGGAACCUCAUCUGCUUGAGAAAAGAGAUGGACGAAUGGAGGUGUGGCGAGGAGGAGCAGAGGCCGAACAGGAGACUUUCAUUACCCAGAAGAAUGAUUUUGCGAUUGAGGGAUGGAGAAGCGGGAUGGACCGAGAGAAGGAAGAAACCUUGUUUUUAACAGACAGAGAUGGAUGGAGAGCAGGGGUUGAACGAGAGAAUGAGAAACAGAAAGAUAGAGUGCUGGAUGUAUGGAGAGGAGGGGUGGAUAUAGACAGGGAGGAAUCUUUCCUGUUUGAGAGCAAAGAUGGAGGUCUCGAUGGGAGGAAAAGAGGGAUAGAUAGAGGAUCCCUUCGGUAUCAUGGCGAACGAGAGGAUUCAGACAGCUUUGCUUUGCCUUUGACGCCUGAUCUCGACCUUGAUCCUGACUCCUCACCAAUCUACGCCAGAGAGUCUAACCCCUCCCCGCUCUACCCGGGGGACCGAAGCUCGCCACCAAUUAGCAUCUUCCCCCGAAGCUCUCCACCGACAAAUAUCUUCGCUCCACGAGACACCAACUCACCCCCCAACAACCUUUACUCCCGGCACUCCCCACAAGUGUACAGCCGAAGCAGCUCUCCUCCUCGCUUUUACACCCGCACCUCCCCGCCAACCCUCUCGUACCCCGACAGCAGCCCUGAAGGUCCAGAGGAGGUCAGCCCCACCGGCCCACCUCAGCGCCCUGCCCUGGAACUGCCCUACAGCCUGGGGCGGCCCCCGCUCGGACCGCGGCCCAAUCACCUCCAGACCUUCUACCAGCCGCCGCCGCUGGCCUCCAACGGAGAAGCCGUGUACACCACAGAGCCCACCUCCGAGGGAGAGGAUGGACAGAUGCAGCGGGUGACGAGCCUGUGACUAGGGCGGUGGUGAUCGGGUCAUAGAAAACAAGGAGGAGACGAAAGAUGUUGAUAAUAAUAACAGCAAACAAUGAUGAUCGUCACACUGAAUGAAACGUUGAUUACGAGGAUAAUGAGAAGGAAUGAAGAAGGUAACAACCACGAGAGUGACAGUGAUGGCUCCUCCCUGCUUCUAUCUCCUGAUCACCACGAGACUUCCCCCUUUCCAUGUUUUGUUACUUUUCUAUGACUGUGAUCCAUUUCUAACUCUCCCUGCUCCUCUUCCUCUCCCCUUUUCUCUCCUUCCUGAAACCCUGCUGUGUCUUCCCAUCUCAUCAGUGCUUAUAUCCUUAUUGGCCCAUAGUCUAAGUUUCUAGCGAAUCAUUGGCCGGGUGUUUCCCCUCCCUGUAGCAAGCAAACGGUGUGUCAAAGAAACACUUGUGUGUUGCCAAAAAAUCCUUUCAAAGAACAUGUGCAUGACUUUAUAGUGGCUUUACAUGGCUACAUACUGUAGGAGGAAAAGUGCUAACGUGCGAGUGUCAGCAUACGUGCGAGUGUCUAGCUUGAUGAGCAUGCGUGUGUGAGCGUGUGUGUGUGUGUGUGUGUGUGUGUGUGUGCGCGUGCGUGUGUGUGUGUGUAUGUGUGUGUGAGAGAGAGAGAGAAAUAGAGAGUGUGUAUAUAUAUACAUCAUUCUUGUAUAAUUAAUGUAUCACAGUGAAGCAUUUUAUCAACAUUGACUGGGGGGCUUCUUCUUACACACACACACCCCCUGCUACUGAUUUUGAACUCUUGACCAAUCCCAUUUCACAUAAAAAGCCAAAAGCUCCGCCCCCUCCUUCCUCCAACCUCCACCUGCCAGUAACUGUUGGUGAUGGGACUCGUUUGCCAUGGAGUUUGUCAUAGCAACAGAACUCUUGACCCCAGAGCCAGAGAUCAUAUAAAACCUCAAAACUUUUCUGCAACCCCGAGAUCCUUGUACAUACUGACCUCUGAAGUGUUCUGAUUGUCUUGUAUUGCUAUUGAAGUUCAAGUAAACAUGUGAAAUACA